AUGGGUAUCAAAGGCUUUUGGAACCUUGUAUCUUGGGUUGGGGAACAACGCUCGUUCGUCGAAUUUCUGACAGUUGAGGGUAUGCGGUGCAAGGAGCAGCGUGGAAAUGAUAUGGUGGUUGGGGUAGAUGCUGAGAGCUGGAUGUAUGCAACGGAAAUGGCAAUAACACGCUCCAUCCAACGAGGGGCCUCACUAGCCUCACUCGGCAAAAACCCGGCCCUCUUUCUUCUCUUCAAACGUCUGUCACUGCUGGCCAAAUCACCUGCAGUCUUUAUUUUCGUAUUCGAUGGUCCGCAUCGCCCUUCCGUUAAACGAGGAACAUCCGUCCGACCGGUAGAUCAUUGGAUGGUGGAAGAUUUUGAAAGACUUAUUUCGGCGUUUGGAUUCUACUCGUUCAAGGCUCCUGGGGAAGCAGAAGCGGAGCUCGGUUGGUGGAGUGACCAGAAUUGGGUUGACUUCAUCUGGACGGAGGAUAGUGAUGUAUUCGCAUUUGGCGGCCUAAAUGUCUUACGAACCUCCCGUCAAGAAUCGGCCGAUGAACUUCCCACCACGGUUGAUGUUUUCACGGAGGGCAUGUUGAAGGAGAAAAGCGAUGGGGUUUUUGACCGGGGAGCUUUUAUUUUACUUGCUAUACUUCUCGGCGGGGACUACGAACAGGCCGGGUUGAAAGGCUGUGGUACAGCAACAGCCAUGGACCUCUGCCGGACAUUGUCUAUUAAGGCUUUGUACUCCACAAUUGACGACCUGCAUCCCGCGCAACAUCGCAAGUACCUUUCCACCUGGCGUCAAUGCCUCCGGGACAUCCUGUCCAAGAACCCAGAAGGAACACUCCAUCGUCGCCAGCCCAGCCUCGCUUCCAACAUAAGCACUUCGUUUCCUAGUCUCAAGACUAUCAACCUAUACACCUACCCAACCACCUCCAACACUUCCGACAACCCAUACUCGCCUCCAAACCCUGCUGAAUGGCUUUUUAAGCUCCCGGAUACAGCUGCUUUGUCUGCAGCUUCCUGGGAACUUUUCAACUGCCAUGAACCGGUGUCCCUCUGUCGGAAGUACAUUUGGCCAGCCCUCGCUACGCGGCAGUUGUGUCAGGUAGCUGUAGCGCAGUCCCUUUCUCUUUCCGAGGGCAUGGGUGUCAGUUCCAUCGCACACAUCAUCACCUCGAAGAACAAAAUCGGGACCACCACCUCCUUGGACGACUAUCAGAUCGAUGUACGCCCAACGUCCGCCGUUCGUGCAGCUGUCAACGUAGUCAUGCAGAAGCUCCAUUUGGACCAACCACCACAUCCCGUCGACUUUGUUUUCCCUAUCCGUUUUUGGAUCCCCGGCCCUAUUCUCGAGAAUGUGGCACCUGACAAAGUUGCCGACUUCUAUCGCUCUCGCAGGCGCUCCCGUCGGGUUCCAAUUGAACCAUACAUCCCAAUUAUGGUGUUUCCUCAACCCGUCACUGCACCAGGCAGCACACCACUUACUAUACUGUCGUCGUUGUCAUCGUCUCCUGAUCCUCCUUCAUUGUCCGAUAUUUUGAAAGAUUUAGGUACCUAG